AAUAUUUAAAUAUAAGAAAUUUUAUCUCUUUGUUGAUCUAAAAGAAAAUGUCGAUGCCAAUGAACAACGUUGGACAGGGCGGUUACGUUCCUCCGGGAUUUGGAGCCGGUUACCCACCGCCACAGGCAAAUAAUCCGAAUCAAGGGAGCAAUUUUGGAUUCAAGCCUCCCAGUGCACCUGAGGGUUAUGUUCCGGUAAAUCAAGGAGAAUAUCCACCGCCAUAUGGUGGUGGUGCUGCUCCACCAUUUAACGGUCAACAACCUCCAUAUGGUGGGCAACAGCCUCCAUAUAUUGGACAACAGCCUGCUUUUGGUGGACAACAACCUCCAUAUGGUGGACAACAACCAGCAUAUGGUGGGCAACAGCCUCCAUAUGGUGGACACCAACCAGGCUAUGGUGGCUAUGGACCUCAACCACCUAUAGUUAAUCAACCAACUGGACCGAUGCCACCACCAGGAGCUGUUGGACCCGGCGAAUGGAUGACUAUACCCGCUGGAGCUCCGAACUGUCCGCGCGGCUUGGAGUACCUUAUGACUAUCGACCAACUCUUAGUUAAGCAAAAAGUUGAACUACUCGAAGCAUUUACUGGCUUCGAAACUAACAAUAAGUUCUCAAUCAAAAAUAGUUUAGGCCAAAAUGUUUACUUUGCUGCAGAGGACAACGAUUGCUGCACACGUAAUUGCUGCGGUCCCUCCCGUCCAUUCGAUAUGAGAAUCUUUGAUAAUUAUAAAAAUGAAGUUAUACAUUUAAAUCGUCCAUUGGCUUGUGAUAAAUGUUGUUUCCCGUGUUGUUUGCAAACGAUAGAAGUUUCCUCACCACCAGGCAAUGUGAUUGGUUCAGUUGAACAAGAAUGGUCCCUAUGUUCGCCAUCUUUUAGAAUUAAUAAUCAAAGGGGUGAAACUAUGCUACGAAUUGAGGGUCCAUUUUGUACUUUUUCAAUGUGUGGCGAUGUAGAUUUUGAGGUGGUUUCAUUGACUGGGGAGAAAGUUGGCAAGAUCUCGAAACAAUGGUCCGGACUGGCCAGAGAAAUGUUUACUGAUGCUGAUUUCUUUGGAAUUAAUUUCCCAAUGGAUUUGGAUGUUCGAAUGAAAGCUGUUCUUCUAGGAGCCACAUUCCUUAUUGAUGCAAUGUUCUUUGAGAAAUCAGGGAACCAAGAAUCUGACAGACCAGGAAUGUUUUAAUCAGCAGAGAAAAACUGAAAACAGACAGCACAACUCGCUUUAUUUGUCUUCUAUAGAUGUGAACUUCCAAAGAGCACAAUCUCAAUAUUUUACAUUUUUGUAUUCUCAAGGAUUAAGCUGUAAUAUUUUUUGCAACAUUAUCACACUCAUUGAAACAAAAUAUAUUCUUAUGAUGCGCACAAUAAAGUAAAACAUUUAAAUUUCACGAAUUCUAGUCCAUUUAGGCCAAAGCACAAAGAAAACCAAAAUUUAUAAAAUGCAUUUUUGCUAUGAAACGAUUGUUACUGUUCUGAGGAAAUGAUAAACGUUUUUGCCUUUGUAAAAUUUAGUGCCCAUGUAUAUUCUAUUCAAAGUUUUAUAAAGAUUAAAAAAAGAACUCAAAUAUUUGUUUAAA